CUAGCCAAUCAGAAGUUGAGAGGGGAGAGCGAACAGCCAAUCAGAGGCGAGGGGGCAGAGCGCUGGAUCGAGUUCACGGUGCGUGGCUCUGAAUCUCUCUCAGUUUACUUGAGCUCGCGAAGCGGUCCAGUUUCGCCAGUCAGGGAGCAGAGAGCAGACAUCACAUGGAGUGACAAGGGUACCAAAGAGCAUUAACCACCCCAGACAGCCUUAAACGUACGUUUAAAGUGUUUAUGUUGAGUUUUGUGUGAUUUCCCAGCGAACAAAAUGUCUCAGAGAGUUCGCAAAAACGGAUCUCCGACGUCUAACUGCAGCGGAGUGACCGCGGGAAGCCCGAGCGGAUCCCCGGGGAUCAGCGCCGCUGGAGUGAGUUUACUGGGUCGCCUGCUGCCCAUGAAAGCCACGGUUCCCUUCCAGCUGAAAACGCAGACACAGCACCCUCUACAGACACGGACGGUCCUCUCCACCGGUAACGGUAAAUGCCACAGCAGCGGAACCCACAGCCGGAGCCCCACGCGAUCCCUUUCCUCCAGUGCCUCUAACGUUUCUGCAGCCACGUCCACUUCCUCUGCGACGUGUUCACAGUUCAUCACGGCCACAGCAGUCUCCUCCUCCACCUCCUCCUCAUCUUCAUCAUCAUCAUCAUCUUCAUCAAGAACUAGCCCCAUUAUCGCUGUGCACGCGACAAACCCCAGAGCGUCUCACGCGCAGGUGCCUGUGGCAUCCUCGUCUUCACCUUACACAGGUGUGCACGCGAGCCCCCAGUGCUGCUCUCCCAGCUGCAACUCGGACACUUCAGCCCUUACCUCUAAUUUAUCCUCCUCUCCGUCUUCAUCCUCGUCGUUGUGGUCUUGCGGUCACAGGGCCAAACACCUCCAGACCCCUGAACAUGACCGACUGUCUCCAGAGAGGCUCAGUCCCAGCUCACCUGUCUUCACAGACAAGCAUAGACUUCCUGUGGCAGGGUCUUGGUGUACCACCAGCAAUAACGGUAGCAUUCGUCGCACCUCCUCUUUGGACGCGCUCACAGCCCCUUACCUGUCUGGACACUGGCCCCGGGACGUCAACCACGCCCCUUGUGCCCCUUGCAUGAGGGACAAAUCCACUCAGACCCCCAGUGCCUGGGCCGAUGAAUGCGGAGAGAAGAAGAGGAGCUGUCACAAGCGCUCAGCCUCCUGCGGCAGCACUGACCAGCUAAAAGAGAUUGUGAAGCUGAGGCAGCAGCUCCAGCGCAGUAAACACAGCAGCCGUCACCAUCGCGACAAGGACCGCAAAUCUCCCUUCAAUGGCAACCAUGCUGCUUUCAUCCAAUCACAGGCUCCUAUUCCAAAGAGUGUCCUGAUCUCUAUUCCCAUCUCCAAGUCUUCCGUCUCUCGUUUCCGGAACAGCGUGGAGGGGCUGAAUCAGGAGAUUGAGCGCAUCAUUAUCCGAGACACAGCUGAGGAGCAGCUUAUUCCUCAGGAGGCUCCAGACGGGCAUCGGGCUCCUCCUCCCCUCUGCCAACGCAGUGCCAGCUCCCGCAGCAUCGACACGCAGACGCCCCUAGGCAUCGCAGCGGGCAGUAACCACAGCAACAGCAGCAGCCGUUCUCAGUCCAUCUCACCCACGUUCCUAAACGUGCCAAGUGAGCCCUGCAGCGAUAGUCCAUCUCCCCACGAGGACGAGACUCUGGCUGACAGCUGUGAGAAAGAUCUAGCCCCCAGCUCACCACUACCCAAAUACGCCUCAUCCCCGAAGCCAAACAACAGCUACAUGUUCAAACGCGAGCCACCCGAGGGCUGUGAGCGAGUCAAGGUCUUCACAGAGGAAACACAGGCCAGGCCUCAACGGGAGAUCCCACAGUUCCUGUGCCCAGAUAGGAACAAGGUCAACUUCAUCCCCAAGAGCGGCUCCGCAUUCUGCCUGGUCAGCAUUCCCAAACCGCUGAUGCCCACACAGGAGCUCAACAACCUCAAGAACCAGGGCGCCGCCCGCCUCACGCCCGAACCGGAUCCGAGAGUCUCGCGAAGAACCUGCAUGCUUUCCCAGCAGCCCUCAGGCUCCUCCCCCUCCCCCUGUUUGUCAGAGAGUUAGACACGCCCCUCAGCGAGCGUCCUAGCAACUGCAUCCACGCAUUUCAUUAAUCUAACGUGAUAAAAAAAAUGGACUCUCAGAGAACAAAGUGGUUAUUAAUAAACAGCAGCUUUCGUUGGGUGAAAAGAAGAUGAAACGUUUGCCUUUUGCUAUGCACAUUUUUAGCUUUGUGCUUGUUCUCAAAGAACAAAGAGGCCAUUUUGGGGGUUUUGGGUUUGGGAUAAAUGUAUUUAGCUUUAUAUUAUUGCUCUACCUUUCAUAGAGCGAACCUGAGAAUGUGUCUCGGAUCACUAUGAACACGAAUCUAAAGAGGUGGCUACGUAGAUCCGUUUUUGUGAGACACGACGUAUGUUUUAUAAUAGUUUGCAGUGGAUCGCGUUUGCGAGAAUCGUUUCUAUCGUACUAGGACCAGCACAUCAUUGAAUACAAAUGAUGCCAUUUCAAGUGAGACCAAGAGACCUGGUAGAAUGAAUUCUGGGUUGAUGAAGGUCUCUCGGACUGAAUCGUUGUCGCAGUAGCGGGCCUUCUCCGUUCAGUCCAGACAAAAGCAGCAGGGGAGCAGGAGGGACCGGUUCUCUGCCUUUUCUCCUCUUCCUUUCUCACUGGCGGCGAGGAGACAGAAAGGUGUUAAAGAUAAGAAUAGCGAGUGUGAGAGAAAUCGCCGCUUGACGGCUACAGGACGAGUGGCCUGUAAACCUGAUUCUUUUGUUUGCAUAGCUGUAAAAUGCGUUUCAAAUGCAUAUGGGUCCAAACUCUGAACUUCAAACCCAGCAGGGAACAAAGUGAGAGAGUGAGAGGAGGGCAGGAUCUGGGUGGACAGACAGACGGGAUGUUUUCUUACCUCUCACAAUGAUUAAGCCGAUUUAGCUCCAGGAAUGUUUGAAAAAAAAAAAAAAAAUGGACACGAUAAGAACAAAAUCGAAAUGCGAAAAUGUAACGCAUAAAUGUCCAGGUAGUUAACAAUUCAGAUGUCUAUCAGAACAUUCAUGUAAUGUUUCCUGUGAUAUCCAAUGAAAUAGUUUACAAAGUCAGAGCACAUUAUUGUCACCAGGUUGAUUUAAUGCAUGCAUUCUGGGAAAUUUCAGUCAAAUAUGCGUGUGUGUGUGUGUGUGUGUAUCACUAGAUUCAAGCAAUUAAAAACAGCACAGAUUUUCUGUCCGUUUCCGUGUCUAAAUGAACUAGGCCGCUUGAGUUGCUGUCAUUUUCAUCAUUGUUGAGCAUUUAGGCCGAUUUCCUGUGCUGUAGUUGUUUUUAAUCAUUAUUUUGUAAGAAAUCAAAUAGUGUCUGAUGAAAGAUUUAUGCAGCUCACGCAAGUGCUUCUGUAGACUUGGCCAAAGAGAACAUUUCCUGUGGCUCGGUGACAGUCAUUGUGGAUAGAAUAGAUAGAAUUAUAAGGCGACUUGGAGGGUUAGUUCACCCAAAAAUGAAAAGUCAUUUACUCUCGGCCUUGUGUCCUUUCAAAACUGUAUGACUGACUUUCUUCUGUGGGACAUGAAAGAAGAUUAUUUUGAGGAAUGUUUCAGUGUUGUUUUUUCUUUUUGGUCCAUACAAUGGAAGUCAUUGGUCACCAAAACUACUUCUUUUAUGUUCCACAGAGUAUACAAAGACAGGAUUUUCAUUUUUAGGUGAACUAUCCCUUUAAUGGACGAUGCUAGUACUAGUUAAACGCUGCAUGAGUCAGUUACAGGAGUCAUUUCGGAUUUCCAGCUUAAAGCUCAGAAGUGCUGUCGAAAGGUUACAGGAUAACGCGCAGGUCACGGAUUGUCUGCUUGUGGUUUGGCUCGUGAUCGUCUCUCGCUCAUGUUCUGUGCGGUUGUGCUUUGUGUGCAGGGUGGGGUUCCUCACAGUUGUUUUGUUGGGAGGCAUUUUAACAGUUCCUGUUUUUUCUUGUUCACUGUUGUAGUUAAAGGGAUAGUUCACACAAAAAAUGAAAAUUUUGUCAUCAGUUAGUCACCCUCAAGUUGUUCCAAAAAUACAUUUCUUCACAAAAGAAACCAGAGAGUUGACACUUCCAUAUCAUUUUUUUUCCUACUAUGGAAGUCAAUGGCUACCGUCAACAUUCUUCAAAAUAUCUUCUUUUGUGUUCAACGGAAGAAAGAUACUCAUACAGGUUUGGAACAACUUGAGGCUGAGUAAGAGAUGACAAAAUUUUCAUUUUUGGGUGAACUGUCCCUUUAAGGUAUCGUUUUGAGCUUUAAAAAAAACAAAAAACAUGAACCCUGGAAUAUUUUAGCACUUUUAUACCAGCAUUGUGAAUCAGUUGGGGCCAUACAGGGCCUCCAUGUUUGAACUGAAAUAAGCUCACAGCCUGUGAUUACUAUCGUAGAUCAGUACUCAGGAAUGUAAAAGCAGCAAUCUCUUCUGGCAACGGCACAAGAAUCCAAACGUUUCUUGCUCAAACACAAAUUGAUAAUGUUUUAUCAAGCGCUUUGUAUAUCUCCUUAGGAUAUGUAUUGAAGUAGAGAAAUCUCUCGCCGUAGGGCCAAUAUUAAUAUACUUUUAUAUGGGUAGUGGCCUUAAGUUUGUCUUUCUAAUUAGAGCGGAAUAUCAGUCGCAUAUUAACGAUCCAUAUGUACAACUUCUUAACACGGGGACAGUGAUGUAUGAUGGGAUACUGUGUUUUAUGAUGUCUGUCUCAGUGGAUGUUUCUGCACAUACUGUACACCAUGUAGUCUCCUGUGUUGUUACAUCUAUGGAACUCAACAGAAUAAAGUUGCACUCGCUCCAAA